GUACUUUGAUACAUGAUGCAUGAUGCAUAACCCGCCCGCCCAUGGGUAUACUUUGGGUAUACUCCUCCCCACAACGCUGGCGCUAGUAGUAGCAUCCCUCUCUCCUUCUCGCUACUUAAUACCCGUCUUUCCCCUCCGCCGAACGCCCUGGUCGGUCUCCGUUAUCCCCGCCCGCGCUCACAGACUCUCCGAAAAUGUCGGCCGCGGAACAGCAGGAGAUCCUCGCCCUCGUCAAGCCUACCCUCGGCGCGAUCCUCCUCGGCCUUGUAUUCAGCUCGACAUUCUUCGGAGUGACGCUCCUCCAGACAUACCAAUACUAUGAUCGCUACUGGAGUGACACCUUGUGGCUGAAGCUCUUCGUAGCAUUAAUAUUCGUUUUGGACGUCGUACAAAUCAUAACAGUCAUACACUCCAAUUGGUGGUAUCUCAUCCAGAACUACGCCAUGCCGCAGUCCCUCUCAAUGGUACCAUGGAGCUUGGGACUCGAAGUCGGCAUCACGACGUCCAUUGGUUUGCUGGUGCAAGGAUUCUUUGCCAUGCGAGUAUACAUCCUCAGUCGAGGAAACCACAUUGUAACAGGAUCGAUCCUCACGCUCACCCUGGCCCAAUUCAUCCUCGGCGUUUACUACGCCGGCAGAGGGCAGCAAACCAAACUUGUCGCCACCAUCGCUCAGAUUACGUGGGCCUCCACGGCAUCUCUAGCGUGUAGCAUUGCCGGCGAUGCCAUCAUCACCGGCGCUAUGUGCUAUUACUUGCACCUGUCGCGGUCUGGUAUCAGACGGACGGACAAGCUCAUUGAUAUUAUGAUUGUGUACUGUGUUAACACCGGUCUCCUUACGACCAUCUGUGCAGUUUGUACUAUUAUCUUGUCUGAAGUCGUCUCGAACACAUACUGGGACACCAUGUUUUACUUCCUCAUCAGCAAAUGCUAUGUAAACUCGACACUAGCAACCCUCAACGCGCGCGAGAAACUGCGCGGGACGACACAAUACGCCAUCUCCGACCGAACAGUCCCGCUCAACGUGGUGGGCCGCUCGAGCGGUACAUCCUCCGGUGACCCCAAGGCCGUGUACCUCACGACCGGCACGGACAUGUCGUUCGCGGCCAACCCCGCGGCGUUGAAGACGGACAUGUCGGAGGUCACCACCGGCUCGGUGGAGGUAUGACCCGCCACCCCGCCCGCCCGCCGCCCCGCCGCCCUCAAUCGCGCCACCCUGACCUUGUGUAAAUAUCAUUAUUCGCUUGUUUCAUUCGGACAGUGCUUGAUACCUCCGCACACCUUCUGACCCACUAUCACUUCCAUCACAUACCAAUCUACCCUACAGUACGUGCGUACCCUCUACCCACUUACACAUCCGACUCUGGCAGUCACUCUGCUGCUGUACAAUGGUUUGUAAAGCUUGGCUGACCUCGGCGCGCGUGUGGCGGUCGAUGGUCGAGACAUGCAUAUCGCUUCAAGAUUACGAUGUCGCCCUAGAGGCUGACGUUUGAAUUUGUGCUGUGCCGACGACGUAGGACUGGGGUGGUGCG